UUCCGCCGAAAAAAGCAAACGAUCUACGACGAAAGUAGGCCUAAAUCAUGGUAUUUUAUUUCACAAGUACCGUUGUAUCCCCAGCAUACACCAUAUAUAUGGGGGAAGAUAAGCAUGAGAAUGAAGAUCUUAUAAGAUGGGGUUUUCCCGAAGACGUAUGGUUCCAUGUUGAUAAAGUGUCCUCAGCACAUGUGUAUUUAAGGUUACAUCCAAAUGAAACAUUAGAUGAUAUUCCACAGUCUGUGAUAGAUGACUGCGCACAACUUGUAAAGGCAAACAGUAUCUCAGGUAACAAAAUGAAUAACAUAGAGGUUGUGUAUACAAUGUGGGCAAAUCUCAAGAAAACUAAUGGCAUGGAUGUUGGACAGGUGGGAUUCUUCAAGGAUAAAGAGGUCAGAAAAGUUAAAGUAGAAAAAAGAAUAAAUGAGAUCGUCAACAGGUUAAACAAGACUAAAACUGAAGAUCAUCCAGAUUUCCGUAAGCUAAGGGAAGACAGAGAUCGAGAAGAAAGGGAAGAUCAGAAAAAGAAGAUGGCAGAUCAGAAGAAGAGAGAAAAAGAAGCAGAAGAACAAAAAAGAAAAGAUGCUGAAAUCAGAUCAUAUGCAAAUUUGAUGAGACCAGAAAAUAUGACCUCAAAUCAAGACAAUGGUAAUGACUCGGAUGAUUUUAUGUGAACUGAGAAUUGACACACCAAAUGUCUUUCAGCAUCAGCUACAGGCAAACAACCUACAUCAGUUAUUACUUUAAGUAUCAGAAAGAAUAAGAUCCAAUUUUGUCACCAAGAAGUGAUGGAAAAUUGUCCGAUUUUCACUUUUCAAGCUCAGUUUGCAAUGUUUCAAAAUCCAUUUCACAGCUUUCUGAACCAUGUAAUACUUUGGGGCAUAAUUAUAAUUUUUUGGGGUUUGUACUCAGACCAACAUUUUUCAAAGUGAGAAGCUAGAUAGAUAGUUUUUUUUUUUAAUUAUUUAACACAUUGGCCUUCAGAUGGCUUUGAUC